GCCCGCGCACGCGCGUUGUUUCACCUUAAGUCCAAAUUGCCGUUUUGUGCACCAAAGCAGUUACUAACAUGUCAGAGUGGGAGUCUUAUUACAAAAACGAGGGAGAUGAAGAGGAAGAAGAACAAGAUGAAGGCGGCCCUGAAACAGGCGGAGAAUAUAAAUAUUCUGGAAGAGAUAGUUUGAUUUUCUUGGUUGAUACUUCCAGGGCCAUGUUUGAAUCUCAGGAUGAAUUGACUCCUUUUGAUAUGAGCAUCCAGUGCAUCUUGAGUGUGUAUACCAACAAGAUCAUAAGCAGCGAUCGGGAUCUCUUGUCAGUGGUGUUUUUCGGUACUGAGAAAGAAAAAAAUUCAGUAAAUUUCAAAAAUAUUUACGUCUUACAGGAGUUGGAUAAUCCAGGAGCCAAACGAGUGCUAGAGCUGGAGCAGUUUAAAGGGCAGAACGGAAAGCAACAUUUCCAGGACCUAAUUGGCCAUGGAUCUGACUGUUCGCUAAGCGAAGCAUUGUGGGUGUGUGCGAACCUCUUUAGUGAUGUCCAGUUCAAGAUGAGUCAUAAGAGGAUCAUGCUUUUCACCAACGAGGAUGACCCGCAUGGCAAUGACAGCGCCAAAGCCAGCCGGGCCAGGACCAAAGCCGGGGAUCUCCGUGACACAGGUAUCUUCCUGGACCUGAUGCACCUGAAGAAAGCUGGGGGCUUCGACAUAUCCUUGUUCUACAGAGACAUCAUCAGCCUCGCAGAGGACGAGGACAUAGGCGUUCACUUUGAGGAGUCCAGCAAGCUGGAAGAUCUGAUGAGGAAGGUUCGGGCCAAGGAGACCAGGAAGCGAACACUCAGCAGGUUGAAGUUUAAGCUCAACAAAGACAUAGCGAUGACUGUUGGCAUUUAUAAUCUGGUCCAGAAGGCAUUCAAGCCUCCCCCCGUGAGGCUUUACCGGGAAACCAACGAGCCUGUGAAAACCAAGACCCGGACAUUUAACGUGAACGACGGCAGUUUGCUUCUGCCCAGCGACACCAAGCGCUCCCAGAGCUACGGGAGCCGUCAGAUUGUUCUGGAGAGAGAGGAAACAGAACAGCUCAAACGGUUUGAUGAACCGGGCUUGAGUCUGAUUGGUUUCAAGCCCUUGCUCAUGCUGAAGAAGCACCACUACUUGCGUCCCUCCCUGUUUGUAUACCCUGAGGAGGCCCUGGUGAACGGGAGCACCACCCUGUUCAGUGCUCUCCUCACCAAGUGUCUGGAGAAGGAGGUCAUGGCCCUGUGCAGAUACGUACCUCGGAAGAACAGCCCCCCUCACUUUGUGACGCUGGUGCCACAGGAGGAGGAGUUGGAUGACCAGAAAAUCCAGGUGACUCCCCCAGGCUUCCAGCUCAUCUUCCUGCCCUAUGCCGACGAUAAACGCAAGGUGCCCUUUACUGAAAAGGUUGUGGCAAAUUUGGAGCAGGUAGACAAGAUGAAGGCCAUCGUGCAGAAGCUCCGCUUCAAAUACAGGAGUGACAGCUUUGAGAACCCAGUGCUGCAGCAGCACUUCAGGAACCUGGAGGCCUUAGCUUUGGAUUUGAUGGAGCCUGAACUAGCUGAAGACCUGACAAUGCCCAAAGUGGAAGCAAUGGAUAAAAGGCUGGGUUCCCUGGUCGAUGAGUUUAAGGAGCUGGUCUACCCGGCAGAUUAUAAUCCCGAGGGGAAAGCCACCAAGCGAAAACCAGGUGAUGACGGCUCUGGAAGCAAGAGGCCCAAGGUGGAGGUAUCUGAGGAGGAGCUGAAGGCCCACAUCUGCAAGGGCACGCUGGGCAAGCUGACUGUGCCCGCAUUAAAGGAGGCCUGCAAGACCUAUGGGCUGAAGGGUGGGCUGAAGAAGCAGGAGCUGCUGGACACGCUCACCAGGCACUUUCAGGGCUAACCAGCUGGGCCACCCUUCCACACUAGCCAGGGGGGUUUAUGCUCCUCCUUGGAGCCAGGCGUGGACCUGACAGGAACCCUUUUUGAGACUGUUGCCAUGGAGAUGGUGUGGCCCUUCACUUGCUGUGCCUUACUUUAAAUAAAGAACCCUUACUUUGUACUUCA